UGGAAUAAUACAUCAACUGAACAACAAAAAGAAAUACGUACACUAAUUCGAAUCUAACAAAAUAAAGCGUACAUCACAACACAAGGAAACGAACAUAUCCUGAAAAACAUAUUGAUACAAAUAGUCAUAGUCGAAGAUCCAUCACAAUGCCAAUGCAUGGCAGCUAUAAUAUCCUGAAAUUCGAGACCUAUGAGGAGUACCUGCAAUCGUUUGCUAAGGUUGAAGAACAUCGUUAUUUGGGCAAUAAAAAAGUCAUAGGUGAGCUGGUAAAGCUCGGCUAUCGUUCGCAUGUCCCAAUAUUGGAAAAGGAUGAAUUCCUUAAGUGCAGGCAGCGCCUACGGCAAUUUCUCAACCCAAAGGUGAUAGAAAAGCUUUUCAGUGUUUAUCGGACAAGUGAUGAUCCGGCGUUAGUAGCCCUGGCCGACCGGGAGGAGCCCAAUGUGCUAAUGAGGCUAUCGACCAUUAUCUGCAUACAAACGCGACGGCGCAAUGGCUCCGAUAUAUCGGGAUAUAUAGACUAUGCGGACAGCUUGCGCGCCUGUAGCCAGGACUUGCUUGGGGCUACAAAUUGGCGGGCCAUUUUUGAGGGUCGCAUUAUGCUGCAGCCCAAUCGCACCCACUUGAGCUUUUAUGACUGGCACAGAGGGACCGUUACAUUCAACCAUAGCGACAACUACGAAGUCAUAAAUUAUGGUGGUCGUCUCAUGUUCAAGCACACUACCGAUCAUAAGAUUGUUCCUGUCACAGAUACGGAAAGCAUAUAUCAGGAUAAUGUGAAGCGCACAAUUAUUGAAUCGCCAAUGUAUGGUUUAAUGGUUUUGUAUGACCAUUGUGUCCGAAAGCCUUUUUAAAUAUAUAUCAUUGCCUUUAUA